GAGGAGGUCGGAGGCGAGGGAGCUUGGCGAGAAGCUGCCCCCAAAUCACUCGGGGCCACUGGCCGUACGACCAGGUGCUGCCCGCUCGGAAGGAAGACGGGAGGGUCGCUGCCUCGCCCUGCGUCUGGAGCCGGGAGAGUUGGAGGUGGGCUGCCCCGGUCCCGGCCGUCUGCAGGGAACCCCUGGGGAGCUUCCCAAGAGGAGGGGGCGCGGAAGUUCCAGCCUCUCCCCGGAGGCUGCCAAGCGCUCCCCGUCUCCCAGGUGACCAGAGAGCGACUCCCCGCGGCUCACAGUCCCUCGGGCGCGAGACAGGUGGCCCCCGCCCCGCCCCGGGCUCCUCCCAGCCGCCAGACCUCCCUUUCCCACACCUCCUCCGCCCCCGCCCCGCCCGCCCGCCCUCACCACCCGGGACCCGGGAGCAGCGGAGCAGAUCGGCUCCGGCCGCGUCUUCGGCUCCUUCCUCGCGUCUCCGGCGCUGCUUAAAAAAAAGAAGAUGUUUACUGUUCUUUCUCGGCAGCCCUGUGAGCAAGCAGUUGGUGUUCCAGUAUCAUGGAAAUCUCAAGCUGUGCCACAGUCAGGCUUCAAGGCCCUAUCUCGGACCCCUGCUGUGGUUGCCUUGGUGGUCUUACUCAUAAGCGUGGCUGUGCUGAUGGCCAUAACGCUCAUUCAGAUCAACCAGAAAGAAGUCCUGGCCCCAGGCCUGAAGUAUGGAAUAGUGCUGGAUGCCGGAUCAUCAAGGACGACUGUCUACGUGUACCAGUGGCCAGCAGAGAAGGAAAACAACACAGGGGUGGUUAACCAGACCUACAGGUGCAGUGUGAAAGGCUCUGGGAUUGCCAGUUAUGGAGGUAAACCCCAAGCUGUCCCCAGAGCUUUUGAGGACUGCAUGCAGAGAGUGAAGGAGAAGAUUCCCGCUGACCUGCACAAAAGCACACGGGCUCAUUUGGGAGCCACAGCGGGGAUGCGGCUGCUAAGGUUGCAAAACGAAUCCGCAGCUCGAGAAGUCCUUGCAAGCAUUCAAACCUACUUCGCGUCUCAGCCCUUUGAUUUUAGGGGUGCUCAAAUCAUUUCUGGGCAAGAGGAAGGGGUGUAUGGAUGGAUUACAGCCAACUAUUUAAUGGGCAAUUUCUUGGAGAAGAACGUGUGGAACACCUGGAGCCAUCCUCACGGGGUGGAGACAACGGGGGCGCUGGACCUCGGCGGGGCCUCCACCCAGAUUUCCUUUGCCCCCCAGGAGGAGGCCGGGCUCAGGGCCAACAGCACCGUGCAGGUGUCCCUCUAUGGCUACGACUACACCCUCUACACCCACAGCUUCCAGUGCUACGGCCGAGACGAGGCUGAGAAGCGAUUUCUUGCGAGGCUCUUCCAGAAUUCAACGGACAAAAGCAAGCUGGUCAACCCCUGCUAUCCCCGGAAUUACGUGACUUCUUUAACGAUGGAACACAUAUUUGGAAGUCUGUGUACAGAAGAGUUAAGACCAACCCACUAUGAGCCAGGAUACAAAAUUACCCUGGAAGGAACCGGGGACCCCGCUUUGUGCAGAGAAAAGGUUUAUUCCCUGUUCGACUUUCAAGUUUGUCAUGACCGAGAAGAGUGCUCGUUUGAUGGUGUCUAUCAGCCAAAGGUUAAAGGGACGUUUGUGGCUUUUUCGGGAUUCUACUACAUCACCAAUGCUCUGAACCUCACCGGGAGCUUUUCUUUGGACGCCUUUAACUCAAGCUCAUGGGAUUUCUGUUUGCAGAGCUGGAGCCAGCUUCCUCUGAUGCUGCCCAAGUUUGAUGAGGUUUAUGCCCGGUCCUACUGCUUCUCCGCUCACUAUAUCUAUCAUCUGCUAAUAGAUGGCUAUAAAUUUACACAAGAGACUUGGCCUAAAAUACAUUUUAAAAAAGAAGUGGAGAACAGCAGCAUCGCCUGGUCUCUGGGCUACAUGCUGAACCUCACCAACAUGAUUCCAGCCGAGAGCCCCCAGAUCCAGCUGCCCAUGAAGCCCCAGGUGUUCACAGGGACCAUGUUCUUCUUUGCUGGGGUGGCCCUGCUCUGCCUGAUUUUCCUCUUUUACCUGUGCGUGGCGUCCAGGCUGCAGUGGGGCUCCCAGCACGCCAUCGACCACGGCUUCGACGCCGAGUGAGCCGAAGAGAAGAGCUGCUCUUGGUGUCUGUGGUCUGCUCCGGGGGGAAAGCUUUCAGGAGCAGGCAGUGAACCUCAGCGUGGAGAAGUGAAGCAGGAUCACGAGGAGGGUGCCCUUCCAGAGGCCCCUGAGCCGGGACCUUCUCAGCCCACCUGGAUCGAUGAUCUCAACCCCCUCCUCCAACGGCCCUGUGUCCCACUGAUUCACCCUAGGGCGGGUUAGAGAAGAGAAGGGGGCAAGUGGCCUUGGAAGCGAGUCCGAAAACCUGGCUGAGAAGGAAUCUCGGCUCCUCUAUGACUUUGGAAUAGCCCCUUCCUUUGUCUGGGUCUCAUUUACUCGCCUUGAAAAUAUGGACCCUGAAGGUCCCUUCUAGCUCUGAAUAGAAAAUCCUAUGAUUCUAUGAACAUUCAAGGUCAGACUUUGCAGGCGGCUUCUAGGAUGAAGGAGCUUUAAAAUAAACAUAAGUAUACAAGAGGCGCCCUUUCUUGACUCCCCAAGAAAUAUACUCUGUGACUAAUGACUUUGAAAGAAAACAGCCUUUUUGAUGGCAGGACCGAACUAUGGAAGAGCAUCCCAGGAGUAGAACAGUGUUCUCAGAAAGCAUAGUACACCUGGCACUUAGUAGGGACUUCACAAAUAUUUGUUCACUUGGCUUGUUCUUGAGAACACAGCACUCUGUGAUGUUCUUCAGGACCUUUAAGGCCUCUAGUCAGUCAGGCUGCUCAUUUUUUCCCAAUUUAUGUAUUUUAAAUACAUACAAAAUUGCUUUAUGAAUCAUGUUGGGACAGAAAAAUCAGAGCAAAAGAGAAAACAGAACAGAAAUAAGAUGUAAACGUAGCAUGUGAUGAUUUACUUCAGUCUCCCGAGUUCUUUUUCUGGAUGCAGAUGGCAUUUCCUGUCCAAGGUCUACUGGGAUUGCUCUGGAUCGCUGGACCAUGGCAAGCUGCUCACUUUUAUGUCCUAAUUAUUAGCUCUUAAAUGGCACCUUCCAGCGUUCUGAAGGGGAUGCACUCUCCCUAACCCUGUAAAACAGAGAAAGGUCCAUAUUUCUAGGCUUAUGACUUCACAGCAAGCUGUACAGUAAGUAGCAGCCAGAAAUGGUCUCCCCCUGCACAGGGUUCUGUUCUGCCUCCCCUAAUUCCAGUCUCCUCACGAGCUUUAGAGUGCAGACUCCCCACCAUUCCACUGCCCCUCCUGUAGUUCUUGGGUCUGGCCCCUCAACUUGGCCAGAGUCAUUGGGUCCCAAAGCCUUUUGCCUCAGGCUUUAUCUGCUAAUAGUUGGAAAUGUAGAUAGAAGAUUGUUUUAGAAGCUGGCAGUGCCCUCCUCCGGUGUGUCCUGUCCUGGGAGAAUGGAAGCCUCUUGGGGGCUAACAUGGAUUUUACAAAGCGUUUCUUUGCGUCCCCCACAGACGAGGGCCUUCAUAAAUGCUUCUGGGAUUUGACUGGAUUUCUCGUUCCAUGCAUGCUUGAUGCCUCUCAAAAUAGGAGCUGAAACCCUUAUCCCACAGCUUCCUCAUUAGUUUCUUUCCCAAGCUACGGCCCCAUGUGUAGACCUCUUAGUUCAGCGGUCCUAGACGUAUCAGGAGGUGUGGACCACCGCCGCCACUUCUGCAUUCAGGGCAAAGAACCACUUCUUGCUGAGACCAUGUUACUCACGCUGUAUCAAAAAUUAGGUGAUUUAAAACUGUCUCAUGCGACAUCCGAUAUAUGAAAUAAAGGUCAAUGAU